CUACAAUACACUAUACACAAAAACAAGCAAAUAAGCAAGGUGUUCCUGAGAACAAAAAAAUAAAUAAAAAGAAGAAUAUAGUACUUUAUUAUUUUAGCAAUUUCAAGAAAAAUAAAUCGCUAUGGAUGAACAUGGAUUCGAAGCUAGAUUACGCCACGUCGAGCACAUCCUUGUAGGCCAGCAGGCAUUGUACCUUGCACGAGCUACCAAACUUCCUUUGUUGCAACGGAUGGAUGCGUUGAGAAAAGAGCUUCAAACAGUUUAUAAGGGCAACAAAGGAAUUCAAGACUUUAUUGACAAAUAUGAUGUCCAUGCGAAACUACUCAAUCCUGCAAACUCAACAUUUCUGAUGGAGCGCGAGUUUCUGGCUCCAGAAGCAAAACUUGAAUUGGUGAUGGCUGCACUUGAAGACAUGGAAACCUUUGCAAAACAAGUCAAGCAGGUUAAAUCAUUAGAGCAUGUUGUGAGUGGUGUUGACUUUGAAGCGGUUCAAACCCUUGGUCCUCAAUUGACACCUCUGGAGGCAAUUCAUUCCGACCAGGCACGCGAAUUGAAUGAAUUGACUCACAAGGUGUCUAGCCUUAUGGACAAUUAUAAUGGCCUUAUUAACACACUAUCAGAAAUAUUCAUUUCUUGGGAUGAUAUUCUCGGAACAAUGGAAUCCCAUGUGUCUGCCUUGGAACGUAAAAAAGAGGUUGUCUAAAUCUACUAGUGAUUGUCACACACCCAAACAUACACUUACACAUAUUAUCUGACUCUCUCUCUGUCUAUUUAUCUUUAUCACUUUCUCAUAUACCAAAGAACAAAAAAAUAAACAUUGAUAAAUCACAUACUACUUAUAAACAU